AUCACCGUCCCGAACCCUAGCCACCACCAAACCCCCCCUACUUAAGCCCGCCUCCCACUCGCUUAGCCGCCGCCGCCGCCUCUCCCCGCCUCCCCACUCCCCGUCUCCUCCUCCCUCACGCAGCUCGUCGAGAUGGCGUCCGAGGCGGCCAAGGUGGUGGUGCCGGAGUCCGUGCUCCGCAAGAGGAAGCGGGAGGAGGUGUGGGCGGCCGCGAGCAAGGAGAAGGCCGUCGCCGAGAAGAAGAAGUCCAUCGAGAGCCGCAAGCUCAUCUUCUCCCGCGCCAAGCAGUACGCCGAGGAGUACGAGGCCCAGGAGAAGGAGCUGGUGCAACUUAAGCGUGAGGCUCGGAUGAAGGGUGGUUUCUAUGUCAGCCCUGAGGAAAAGUUGCUGUUUGUGGUCCGUAUCCGUGGUAUCAAUGCCAUGCACCCGAAGACCAGGAAGAUUUUGCAGCUCUUGCGUUUGAGGCAGAUCUUUAAUGGAGUGUUCUUGAAGGUCAACAAAGCCACCAUUAACAUGCUGCGCAGGGUUGAGCCAUAUGUUGCAUAUGGGUACCCAAAUUUGAAGAGUGUCCGUGAAUUGAUCUACAAGAGGGGCUAUGGAAAGCUCAACAAGCAAAGAAUCCCUCUUACAAACAACAAAGUCAUCGAGGAGGGUUUGGGUAAGCAUGACAUCAUCUGCAUUGAGGAUCUUGUUCAUGAGAUCAUGACUGUUGGCCCACAUUUCAAGGAGGCCAACAACUUCCUCUGGCCAUUCAAGCUGAAGGCACCACUGGGUGGGCUGAAGAAGAAGAGGAACCACUACGUUGAGGGUGGUGAUGCUGGUAACCGUGAGAACUACAUCAACGAACUCAUCAGAAGGAUGAACUAGUUCCAUGAGCUCAUUGUUAGCGCACUGUGUUUGGAUGAUAUUUUAAAGUAAGCUUAUUUUGCACUAGGAAGUGUAUCAAGAAAAUCUUGCAAUUUUGAUAUUCAGAAUCUGACCCUUUUAUCCGGUGGUUUGAUGUUAUUCCUAAAUUUGAAGUGCUUUUAAUCAUGAUAUGCGAACAUGUGUUAGUACUUAUUAUGGCUCUACUGCCUUUGUGUUGA